AAGUCUGAAUUUAUUUACAUUUAUCAACUGCAUUGCAUAGGAUAUCUCAGUAAUGGUCGUAUUCGAAGGCCAAUGAAUGCAUUCAUGGUUUAUGCAAGAAAGAUGCGCAAACGACUUGCGAUGGAAAAUCCCGGCAUACACAACGCGGAUCUCAGCAAAAUACUUGGUGCGCGGUGGAAGUGUAUGUCACACGCGGAAAAGCAACCCUUUGUUCAACAAGCAGAAGCUAUUCGUAUACAGCAUUUGCUCGAGAACCCACAAUACAAGUAUCGACCACAACGAAAAAGCAGUAAUCCACGCGCCGGUAAGCUUUAUUCUAAAAGAAGGCGUUCUUUCAGGAAAAAAUUGUCUAGAAAACACUCAGAAUUUCAAUGCCCUAUCUCUUGGUUUGAUUUUAAGCGCGAGGACUUUCUACAGAAGCCAAAAUAG